GUGGCCGUGCAGUGGCGGAAGCUCCUCUUCGCGCGCUUCAUCUUCAUCAUCGUCAUCGUCGUCCUCUCCCUGCAUGGCGGAGAAUCGUCCGGAUGUUUGGCGUUUGUCAUCCAGCGUCAUGACAUCACACGGGAGCGCAGUGGCCAGCGACUCUGUGUGCAUGCCGAAGUUGGAGCCUCUGCUGGGCAUCAUGGCGACGACCGUCAACCCAGUGACGGCGACCGUCGGCCCGGUAGUCCUGCCCCCGCGCCCGCACCCGACGCUGCCACCCGCCGCCUCGCCUGACACGCCGCUUCCAGCCGUCAAGGAGAUCAUCCGCCACAACGGGUGCAUGCUCUUCCCACAGAACGCCAACCUUUCCCCCCCAUCCACCCGGCCACGCCCCCCCGGCUGCAAGACGGUGUUUGUGGGCGGUCUUCCGGAGAACACCAGCGAAGACAUCAUCAGGGAAGUCUUCAGCCCCUGCGGUGACAUCAUCGCAUUGCGCAAGAGCAAGAAGAACUUCUGCCACGUUCGCUUUAGCGAGGAGUUCAUGGUGGACAAGGCUCUCUAUCUAUCAGGCUACCGCCUUCGUAUCGGCUCAAGUAUGGACAAGAAAGACUCAGGCAAGAUCCACGUGGAUUUUGCUCAGGCUCGAGAUGACUUGUAUGAGUGGGAGUGCAAACAGAGACUACUAGAACGAGAAAACCGACAUCAACACCAGGACCAGCGGGACUACCACAUGCAUCAGGAACAAGCACCGCCCUCCCUGACACCGCCGUCCCUGCCACCCACACCACACCCACAUUUCUCGGAGCACGAGGCAGCCGUGUUGGCCGAGGGCCUAAAAGACAGGAAGCAGUUCAGCUGGGCUGCGUCCGUGCUUUUGUUGUGGCUGGACGGCGGUGAGGUGAACCGCGCGAGUGCCAACAAGAUGUACGCCUUGAUAGAGAGCGCCAAUGCGCACGCCACACAACUGCGCAGGGAUGCCACGCAACAACGGCGGGCGCUGCGCAAAGCACAAGACGCCUUCAACAGGGCACUCACCGGCAUACUCAUGCAGUUGGAUCAGAUCUCAUCUGUGUUGGUGGCGUCGGGCCGACAAAAGUCUCGGGACCAUUUCUCCAAAGCUCAGCGCAAGAACAUUGACAUGUGGACCAGGCAGUGCCAGGUUCACAGCGACGAGGUGUCGGGCCUCAGAAGUCAGGAUGAUGAAGACGACCAGGAUGAGGACGAAGAUGAGGACGAUGAUGAUGAAGGUCCUUGCAACAAGAAGAUGAAGAUGGUGAAAAUGAAGAUUUGCGGUGAAGAAGAGGACGUACCGUGUCCCACUGCCGCCACGUUGGAGCACCACUUCCUGAGAUGGCAAAUGGAUGCUUACGAGAAGCAGGCGCAGCUUCUGGCGGGGAAGGCGUCAGGCCAAGAUGUACUCGCGGUGGCCGGGUGGCAGUGGCCGGACGCUUCUGUGCAGCUGCUGAACCAGCGUGUGCUACAAAUGCAGCAGCAAUUGUUGCGGCUGCAGGACGAGUUGUCCGGCAAGGAGGGGGAGUUACAGCAGGCCCGCGAAGACAGUCAUUUCCUAGAACGGGAGCUGCUGUCAUUACAACACAAACUUGUGAAGAAUAGCGUGGAGGGAAGUGGUUUGGAACACCGGGAAAAGGUGAACGGGUUUUUUUCGCCAUCGUUCGUGAACCGAGAGAGGAGAAGAAACGAGGGCGGCGGUGCCGGCGGCGGGCUGGUGUCUGAGAAGGAGGCUCUGCUUCUGGGCGUGAUGUCGGCUUUCCUGCAAGUUCAUCCGUUUGGAGCCAACCUGGAAUACUUGGGGUCAUAUGUGCAGAGACUGGACUCCCAAGUGUCGUCGGGGCAACUGGAGCGCCUCAUGGUCCGUCUACCCCUCAUGUUCCGCCAGGAGCUGAGCGGCGUCGGCGCCACGCUGGAGAAGCGCUGGAAGUUCUGCGGGUUCGAAAGCCUCCAGUCCGCAUGACCCGGGACCUGUGCGCGCGUGUGUGGGACGACAAUGCUAGCCUGCUAACGAUAUAACGACGUUUGGCGUCAAGCGCCGUCCGCGAUGUUGAGGUGCGUUGAGGAGGUUUAUUAAAGUGUUAAU